UUUUGAUUUGUUUUGUUUGUAGUGCCCGGCGGAGGUCAAACCCCAGUUCUGUCCACUCUCACUCCAGUAUAUUUGAGUUGUAUUGUUUUAAGCAAGGGUUUUCAGAGCUUUUGAGACCAUGUACGCACCUCCGGGAACUGCUGCGCCGGGAAACCGGAGGAGGAGAGGUGGAACGGCUUUACCCAAACAUCCAGAGAGGAGUUUAGCAUCCGCGUUGCCCGGGGCGCUUUCCAUCACUGCACUCUGUACGGCCCUGGCAGAACCAGCCUGGCUCCGUGUCCAUGGAGGAAACUGUCCCAGACAAGAGCUCGGUGUUGCAGACGUCCUGGGAUAUGUAGAUGACAAACUCAUCAAGGGUUUUGUUUUAUAAUCUCUGUGUAUAUUGUUCUUUUGGGUGUUUUUUGUUUUUUGUUUUUUUUGGGUUUUGUGUGGACUCAUGGCGUUUUUGUUUUGUGUGUUUUGGGACAAACACCCAGCCCUCAAGAUCACACGCAGAUACGCUUUCGCUCACAUCCUCACAGUUCUUUUUUGUAUUGUGGUAUUGUGAUAGUGUUCUUCUGAUGUGAUUCUGUACUUGUUGUGUCAGUACAAGAAGUACCACGGCUCGCUCAUCUACGUCACUUUUGCCAUCAGCUUCUACCUGGUGGCCGGUGCAGGCGGAGCCUCCAUUUUAGCCACGGCGGCCAACCUGCUCCGUCAUUACCCCACCGAAGAGGAGGAGCAGGCCCUGGAGCUCCUCUCAGAGAUGGAGGAGAGCAGUGAAACAUACCCAGCUGACUAUGACAUUGCCAAUCAAUUCCAGCCUCCGCCGGCCUACACACCCUGAUCGCCAUCCGCCGUCGCCCCACAUGUUCUCUGCCCAGUGCCACACCUUUGGCCUUCAGAUAAAGCAACGAUGUUCAGAUUUUAGGAAUGAAUAUUUAUUCAGUAUUCCAGAUCGUGCAGAAUAUCCAUGCACACAUUUAAAUGAGCGUUUUACUUUGGCAGACAGAGCACGCCUUGCGUGCAUGGAAUAAAUCAAAGAGAAUAAUUAUGGCAUUGCUUUUAGGAUUCCAUUCGAAUUCAUCUUGCAGUAGUUUGCAUGUAUCUGGCAAUAAAAACCCACACGGAUUUAGAUUUUUUGGCACGCUUUAUCGUUGAUUAAAGACUUGAAGGGCAUCGUGCUUGUUGAAGAUGCAUUUACCGGCAGCCUCUUUGGCGAACUAAACUGUGGGGAAUUAGUCCAAUUUUUUUUCCAAAGACAUAUUUUUCUGUUUCAUCAAAGGUUUAUCAUGUUUUCCAUUUGAAAUGUUGAGCUGCACUUUCAACUUUUGUUCCUGUUUUUCCAAUUGGUCACUUUCCUUUCAUUUUUAAUCAUGCUAUUAAAGUAUAAUUUUAUUUAUUUUAAUUAGUCAAUAGUCUACAGAUGCUGCCAUAUCUUGCACACUUCCAGAUUCAUCCCAUUGCAUCUUAAAAAAUCAUUUUUAAUCAGUUAUUGUAAUGUUACUUUAAUGCACAUAAAGCUGGAAAAACCCAAGAUGGAUGGAGAAAUUAUUAUUUAUUUAUUACCUGAUUGAAACAGACUCUCAAAGAAAGUAGAAAGCGGAUGUUUUAUGUACCUGUAAUUUGGAGGCUUUCAGGUUUGCCGACAUCACAUUGUGAGUGUGUUGUAUAUUAAUUGGUUUUUUUUUUUUGUUUUUUAGUGAAAUUGUGUUUGCUGUGUUUUGAUAGUAAUAUUGUGAGCGAUCAACGAGUCUUAACACAUUUCGAUCAUGAUUGUAUCCACGAUUCGCUCUUCUAGAUUUUCCUCUGGUCUGAUUAUUUUUGAUAAAAUCACCGCAUGACAUCUGAUUCUGCACUUGUGUUGCAUAAAUGGACUGUAAUUGUUCAGAUUUCACACAUGCUGGUCACUUUUGCAUAAAGUUUUGAUUGUUUUUCUAGCAA